AUGCUUCUCCGUCAACCUCAACUUCUUCUUCGUCUCUUUCGACUUUCAUCUCUCCAGCAGUCCACUCCAUCUUCCUCUUCCACAGCUUCAUCGACUCUUUUGACUAGUGAAAAUGGAGAAAAAUUCCUGAAAACCGUAAUCGAGCGUCUGAAAGAAUGUCAAGAAGGAAACGCUUCAGCUGCCCCCGAACAAAUCAGUUAUUGGGAAGCAAUUGCAAAACAGGCAGCCAUCGUUUCUGAUACACGAUCUGAGCUUUCUCAACUCAACUCGAUUAUAAAUGAUCUGAAAGAGACUGAAGAGAUGAGAAAACUAGCAGAAGGAGAUGUUGAAUCAAUAAAGGAGACUUUGGAAUCAGAAUUACAAGAAUUAGCGACACGAGUUGUUCCUCUCAAUAAUCUCGAUGUUCUUUCGAAAUGUCAGAUUGAAUUGAGUAGUGGAGCUGGUGGACAAGAAGCGAUGCUUUUCACAGGAGAGUUGUUGGAUAUGUACCAGAAACUAGCAGCCAGCAAUUCAUGGAAAUGGGAUCCUUUACAAGUGGACAACGUUCCGUUAGGCGGUGUUCGAAGUGCUCUCAUCGCCGUCUCCGGGGAAAAUGUUUAUGCAAAAAUGCGGUUUGAAGCCGGUGUUCAUCGAGUACAACGAGUCCCUGUGAACGAUUCUCGAAUGCAUACAAGUACUUCCAGUAUCUCGGUACUUCCAGAACCAGAAGAAGUUUCUGUAGUGGUACCCAGUGACUCUGUGAAGAUCGAAGCAAUGCGAGCAUCUGGUCCAGGAGGUCAAAAUGUGAAUAAACGAUCAACGGCUGUUCGAAUGACACAUAAAGAGACUGGAAUUGCUGUCCAUUGUAUGGAUGAACGGUUUCAGCAUUUAAAUAUUCAGAUUGCUUACAAGCGCUUGGCUGCAAUUCUGAUGCAAAGACAAGUUGAUGCAAUGCUGGAAAAGAUCGUAUCGCGACGAAAACUUCAAGUUGGAUCGAAGGCUCGUGCUGAAAAGAUUCGAACAUACAAUUUCCAACACGACAAAGUCACUGAUCAUCGGAUUCAAAUGGCAAUUACUGGAGUUGAUGAGUUCCUAUCUGCUGGAGAGACACUUCACGCAAUGAUUGACAGACUACAGGAGCAACAUAUGGAGGAUAGAUUAGAUCAUAUUAUUGAGAAUUGUAUUGUUGAGUAA